CCUAAGGACAUGUGCCCAGGAGAAGUAUACGGUCUCAACCCUUCCCACUGAGGCCCAAUGGCCCAGCAAAAUAUGAAAGUGCGGCCUGUGCUCCUGAAGCGGAACAGCCUGGAGUCGGUGGAGUUGGUGAAGCAGCCGCACCACCGCAGGAGCAAGUCUCAGCAGGUGCGCUUCAAGGACGAUGGGGCCAGCAAGGCACCGCCUGGUCCCCCCGAGGUGGAGGCCUGCGCUUCUGAAGAGCCGGCUGUGAUGGACAAGACUCCAGCGCCCAGACACCACCACCUCCCCGCCUACUCGCUCUCCUUCCCCAGGUCCCAGAAGGCAGGGGGCUCUCGGAACAUCGCCAUCCAAACCUCCCCCAGUCUCAGGAAGCAUUUCCCAAUUUUCAAAAGGAAGAGACUCACAGCCAGCAAGUCCCUGGUGGAAAUGCCAACAGCGCCCCAAAGUGCCAUCCAGGUCAACGGCAACCUCUCUGAACAGGACAUUGUGUCUCCUGAGCUUGCCUACUUAAGGCUGGCUCAGCACCUUGAGGAUGGGCCUCGGAGGGUCAAGGCACCCCACCCGUUCCUCCCCAGAACGGCCAAGGUGCAGAGCAAUGGGCCUGUCGGCAUAUGCUUGGAAGCAGGGACUUGGAGGUCCUCGGAGAGCACCACCGCCGCCAUUCAGGUCCCGGAUGACAUGUACCACAGUCCUUCCUGGGCAGCGAGGGAGCCCGCUUUCAGCCAAGGCAGGUCUGCAGAGAUGAGCAACGCCAUCCACCUGUCGGCGGACAUGUACGCGGGCCACGGGAGAAGAGCGCUCCCAUCUGAUUCGGAAAGAUCCCCCCCUUGCUCAAACGCCACCAGCGGUGCCAACCACACGCCAGGCACGGGGAAACUCAGACCUGAACUGCUUUUGCCCAAAGACAACGCUGGUGACGAAGACUUUGGCGCACUGUCAUCUCUGCCGAAGGACACGCGGGUUCCCUCACCGCCACGGACUCGCAGCUCCCCCUCGCCAGGCCAGCCCACCCAUGGCCGUCCAGCCCACCCUGGAGGGGGGUCAGACUGUCCUUCACCGAGUGACCAUCACCAGGAGCUGCCGUCACUCAAACCCAAGGACACACCAAAAUCCGCCCCUGCGUGUCGGGAGCAGAGGACGAGCGCCCCCGCCCCGUCGGACGCCCCAGAGCCCCGCUGCUGCCCGGGCAGUGACCGCCUCCCGUCCUCCCUUCCAAGGAGGGAGGCCAAACCGCAGAGCGACAGGGAGGCUGGGGGGGUGAAUCAAAUCCACCUGGCUCGGGGUGAACUCUGCGACCUCCAAGGCAGGCUGCAAUCUGUGGAGGAAUCUCUGCACUCGAACCAAGAGAAAAUUAAAGUCCUUUUGAAUGUAAUUCAAGACCUGGAGAAAGCUCGGGCUCUCACAGAAGGGCGCAACUUUUACCGAACUGGCCAAGACCUCAACAACUGCAGGACCUGCCAGAACACGGCGUGCAUCAUAUACAGUGUAGAGUAUGAUUUUCGGCAGCAGGAAGGCAGGUUCCAUGAAGUUCUACAGAGUCUGGAGGAAGCGGAACCAGCUGGGGAGCCCUCUCCCCCACCAAAGUCCCCAGCAGAAGCCCCUGUUCCUGAGAAACAGGAUGCAAGGCGGAAAACCAAGAAGGUGAAGAAGAAAUGCUUCUGGUGGAUCUGA